AUGUUAUCAUUCCAAAUGAAAAAUGGAGUGAACUCGGAGAAGGAUACCAACAUUGAAGCACUCGAACAUUCUUCGGAUAAACAAGUCCAAGAUGAUUUUAUGGACGAAGCAAAUGAUCUCAAUGUUGAUGCUGAAAAUGAUGAUAUAAUUUUUAUAAAAUCCAAUUUGAAUUCCAAUUCAAUACCCAUCGGAAAUGAAAAUAUCAAGAAGGAAUCCUCAUCGCCAUCAUCAUUACAAUUUUCAAUUCCUUCUGAAUUUUCUCAUGGAGAAUUGGAUGACUUGGAACGAAAAUGUGUGAGAGUCAAACGUUCUGGAGUUGAAAAAUCAUGUUUUCUUCGGUUCUAUCUUAGAGAUGGUAGAAUUUUCAAACAUAGCACAUCUCCGAUCAGCUAUUUUGUUCCUUGCGACCAGAAAUUACAAAUUUUCAUCUAUUCUCAAUUUUUACAGAAUUUUUACUUGAAAGGCUUAAGCAUGACUGGAAAGCAGAAUCAAUUACCUUGGAUUGAUUGGAAUUAUGAGGUAUUUGAAAUAAUACCCACGUUUUUGUAUCCGAAGAGAAUGGUUGCUCUAUGUCUGCAAUGUUUUGAGGAAUAUAAGAAAGGUCAAUCGUUAUUGAUGUUUGAUCAUUUACUGAAGCAUUUCCGUCAUGAAGAGAAUGUUGUCAUGCACUCAUCCCAUGGCAAUAAGAAACGAAUGGAAAAACAACAAGAAUCAGAGGACACUUGUGAGCACUGUCUUCCUCCUCAUGACCUUAUACAUUCUCUAAUAUUUAACAGAAGACGACUAAAAAGAAUGAUGGAACCACAUUGGACAGUUCCAAAAAUCAAACACACUGAAAACAGUUCAAAAGCUAUCCGAGUAGCGGCUUAUAUUGAACGGCUCUAUCUCUACCUUAAACAUUUAUUUGCAGAAAAAGAAUAUAGCAAAGCAGAAACUAUCUGCAACUCCAUGUUAUUACUUUUUGCUACUCAUGGACAAUACUUUAGCAAAAAGAUUUCAGGAUACUUUCCAGCCAUGUGGAUGGAAAGAGAAGAAUUACUCAUUACUCAUACCAAAGUAGGAAUGGCCAAUGCCUUUAUGAGAGGUCACACCUCGUUGUUAGAAAAAACAUUGACUAGCAAAUCGGGAGCGAGAGCAUUCACGAACACGAAAGUGUUCUCAGAUCAGGCUCACUUGACUUCUGCUUUGCAAGUGGCAUUCUUUCUAUUUCGAUUUGUUAAGGAAGAAAAGAGUUUUGCCUUGUUGAACAAACUGACUUUGAGUUGGGUCUUUUCAUCAUUUUGUCAGGGUUAUCAUGAUAUUUUAUCGACUCGACAUUCAGAAACAUAUAAUGGUAUUGAAUUGGAGACAUUUGAAAAGUUGUUGUUUCGACUUCCUGGUUUUAUUCAUAAUCAUGAUUUUUUGGACUUUAUAUGCGAAUGUGCACUGAGACAAUCGAGAAUUCCUUUGGUGAGAGAAUAUUAUGCGAGGUUUUAUGAACAUGCACCAGAUGAUAUUUAUGCCAAAAUUAAAUAUAUGAAGGCUCUCAUGUGCCUAUUCAAGGAAGAAGAAAAGCACGUGAUUGUAGCUCUAGCGUUGGAAAUUAUUGAACAAGAUCCUCUGUCAACCAUUGCCGAGAAAGUAUUCAAUCAAUUUUGCUUAGAAAAUACAAAGCCUGCCAUCAAGGUGUCACUGAACACAAAUCAAGUAUUGGUUAUCAUGAAAUCUGAAUGGAAAUGUGUAGAACGAGAUUUCGAAUUGGAUUCCCCAUGGCGACUUCUUGUGAAGUGUGUCUUGUACUGUUGCAAAUCCUUUUCAAGCAACUAUUUAAAGGAUUUGAUUCAUGAAUUUCGAGAAUUCACUUAUCCGGCCAUUGAAUUUAUGGACAUGUGUACAGUGUUAGUGAACCAUUUGAAAAAGAGAGUCAAAAGUCCAUCCAACAAAUCUUCAGAAAAGAAGAAAGAUCAACACAUGUUAUUGAUCUUGUUUACCAUUGGUUUCACUCCUAAUGACAAGCAAGAUAAUGGUUGUUUGUCACAUGCAGAUUUUGCUUUUCUGAAGGACGAGUUAUGGAGCUCCUAUGAAGAUAGAGCCUAUGCAAGAGCAUGUGAGGCCAUGGAGCGAGCAUUAAGAGUGGAAGAUGUGUGA